AUGAGCGACAAUGUACCAUAUAAUGCGGCCGGUUACUUUUACGGCUACCAACCGUGCCCACCGGGGUACUAUCCGGGCUAUCCCGCGGGUUAUGCUGCGCCCACAGUACCAUACUACUACGUGCCGGCGCCUCCGUACUACCCGGUCUACCCUUACGGGCAGUACACCCCCGGCGUUGUCAACGCAGCUGUUAAUCGACCAAAGAGGUCCAUGUGGGAGUGUUUGUUUUGUAAUCUAACCUUUAAAAACAAGACCGAGCACGAUGACCACAUUCAAGAGAGUCACGUAGAGUGUGAGCAUGAAGGAUGUAAUUAUAGUGCCCCGUUGGAUAUAAUGGAGGUUCACAGGCUAAAGCAUAUAAAGAAUGAGAACGGGGAGAGCAUCCUGGAUUCGGUUGAAGAAACUAGGAGAUGGAUCAGGAAUCGUAAACGUAGACAUCCAAGCAGGAGAAAGAGGGAUGAGGAUGUUUCCCUGAAAGAUACCACCGAUUCCACAGAAGCUAGUUCUGUAGAAUACGAAGAAAGUGUCCUGGAAAAACUCUUGAGAGAUGCCCACUCUCUUUCCAAGAAACAGACUAAAAAGGAAAAGAAGUCUGCCUUAUAUCCGGUUAUUUCUAAGGUUAAGGAACAACCGAGCGCAUUGCUGAGACUUAGUAACCCACUAAAGUAUGACCAUUUGCUAAGCAAGUUGGACUCAGGUCCAUAUUCUUACAGAUCAGCGAUUGGAGAUGGGAGGUGUCCUCAUAUUAGAAAAGAUGGUCAAUGCAAAUUUGGACCAAAAUGUGCAUUUCUAUCAAAAUCGCAGUUUACAGUUCCAAAGCGACCUCCUCAUAUACUUCACCUUUUGAAGAAUGAUAUUUAUGAGACAGAAAAGACCCUAAUUGACGUCAUAAAGACUAUUGUUGCCUGCAACUUUUUUGAUGAUGAAUGA